AAACCAUUGCUUCAUCACUCCUCAUGACCGCCCUGAGCUGAAUCGUCCCGGAGUCUGGAUUUUUAGGUGUUCAGGUGUGUUCAGAUCCAGUGGACCACCCAACCACCCAUAUGUGUAGGAACAACGAGGCGGAGGUGGGCGGCGUGGGCGGUGGCGGGGUGGCAAGGGCACUGGGAAGUCGCUGGGUGGCAUGGGUAACGAGCCUGAAGAAGAACGCGCCGAAGUUCGGUCUAUUUCUGUUCUUCAUUGUGUAUACAGCCGCUGGGGCCAAGAUCUUCCAGGUGUUGGAACAUCCAGCAGAGGUACAGGCUCAGGGGGUUGCUGGAGCCGCCUUGGUCAAGAGUCGCUCCGAGUUCCUUCAGGCGCUGGUGAAUAUGUCCGCCCCUCGCUCUUCAAGUACCAGAAUUACUGACAAACAUGAACCAAGGUACGGCAAUAUGGCUCCGGUUACAGCAUGGGGCAGGUUCUUCUGUAUCCUGUAUGGGUUCGUGGGUAUCCCGGUUACCCUGACUGUAAUAUCAGACCUGGGAAACAUCUUCGCUAACUUGGUCUCAUCAUUCUCUAAGAACUUCCACGCUAUCACCAAGAACUGUGGAGCCGUCAAGAAGCUCCGAUUAACGGGUACAGGACCAGGCUCCCGUGGGUUAGUUGUACUGGGUGCAGUUGGGGCCUUGCUUGUGUACAUCUCUAUAGGAGGAGGCAUCUUUAUCCUGUGGGAGGACUGGACGUUCUUCGAGGCGUUUUACUUUUGUUUCAUCACCAUGACUACAAUCGGCCUGGGUGAUCUGGUCCCUGAACGGACGGAGUUCAUGUUGGUGUGUACACUCUAUAUUCUGAUUGGCCUGGCUCUCACCUCAACCAUCAUUGAGCUCGUUAGACGGCAGUACGCUGAAAGCUGGCAACAGAUGAAGGAGCUGAGUGGCCGUCUUGGAGAGCUGUCUGGUCCCCUAGCUGAUCACCUGCGUCGUAUCGGUGAACAGGCUGGCGAUAUCAACAUAGACGUCCACCUGAUGAAAGAUCUUAGGGACCUCCGCAAUGCCAUUCAGCUGAGCAGUAGGCUGGAAGCUCUCUCCAAAAUGGACCCCAAGAUGAGGAACGACGCCAGAAUUGUGGAACUCCUGAAAGCCCACCUGAACGGCGACGAGAACGGCGACUCCCCGUUCAUGGAUCUGGCAGACACGGAGCCUCUACAGCCCUCUGUCAGGAAGAAGAAGGUCAUACAGGUGGUGAUUUAUGAGACCUCCGUAUGAUUCACAUCUCCUUGAUGGUGUAUGAUUCGUGUUGUCCCGUGUUGAAGACGAAAGCAGCCGUAUGAUAUUUAGUCCCUGAGGAUGAUAAGGCUUUGGGAAAUCACACAGAGGACUCCGUACAGUCGAUAUCCCCGUGUUAUAUCAUUCACAAGGUGCCGUAGGUGACAGGUCCAUCAGGUAGUCCCGUAUGAUCAAUGGCUGUCAUACUAGUGAUGUUUUAUGAGAGCUCUGUUGAUAAAUGUUCUUCAAUAUGUCCAUACAGGUACCGUGUGAUUUACAACACCUUAUGAAGUACAGUAUGAGUCCUGCCAGCCUGCCGUAUGAACUCGGAGAUUCAGAAUGAUUAUGGUGUUUACUAGGACCUCACCGUAUGAUUACUAUAACCUGCCGUAUGAUUUUCGUGUCACCAUGAAACAUACCAGGUUCCGUAUGAUCUCUCUCUCUCUCUCUCUCUCUCUCUCUCUCUCAUGAUCUGGAGCUGUGAACGUAACAGAGAAUUAACAGAAACUUUGGAGCUUAAUCAUUACCACCUACACAAACCCUGUAGACUUAAGUACAAUAAUUGAUGACUAAAAUCUUUCUCCUUUAAUAUAAACACUACUUCAGUUUGUAUGUUAAUUUGUAAACAUCUGAGUAAAUACUGGUGUUAGUUCUCAUGAGCUUUAUGGAGAUAGGCAUUAAGGUUUAUAAUACAAAUUCUAUACAAAAUAAAGCAUAUAGCAUAUUCUUAUAUCACAGAUAGUUGAGAAUCUCUUUAGUGAGGUUAUGAUAAACACACAAGAAAUCUAUAUACAGAUACUAAUGCCUUUAUUUAACUUAUUUACUUGACUUUAUUAACACUGAAUCUAUUUUACUUUGUCACAAUGUCUUGAUUAAAUUUUAGUCUCAGUUAUAUUAAUAAGUUUGUGAGGUGAAGCACGAAAUGAAAUAACAAGAAAAUGACAGAAACUCGUAUUUAUGAACUCACCUGCUGUUAUUACCUGAGACAACAGCCUAAUUAUUAACGUGUGGAACUAGUUUUCUCAUCAGGUAAUCAGAUAGAACCAGGGUAUCACUCACCCAAUAGGAGAACAGCGUGGGAACGAAGUACAAGAUGAUUAACAAACAUCAGGAUUCAUUAAUUAAAUUGUCAUUCUGCGUUAAAACCACAACAGUAAGUUACUAAUGUUAUAAAGUCAAUGUUUCAAUGUUAACAAGCGUUCAGAGUAACCUAUUAUUAAGAACUACAAUAAUAACUGAAUUGUUAGUAGUCCAAUAAUUCCGUACUUUUUAAUCUCGCUAUAUACUGCCACGCCAAAUAGUCAGAGGGAGUGAGUCAGGCAGCUUGUGCCACCUGUUGACAAAGUGACGAACUCGACAGCAGGUCUUCAAUCAAUAAGAAAGAACUUUGUGCAUUUCGCCAUGAUAUAGAUAUUCAUAAUUGGCCCUGGAAGAUGAUGUAAUCGGUAAAGGGAGCUCCUUUGGCUAGAUAUUCCCCCGCAAUUUUCUUUUCACUGAGCUGUUAAUAAAUUUGUCAACAGAUGGCGUGGCAGGCAAGGUAUGACCUAUUUCCUUUAUAACACUAUUUCUUGUUCCUUUACGCCAUAUUAGUUCUGCAGGGCAUAUAAGAUCAUUAUGUCAACACCCUCCCCCGAGCCCUCGUGACGCGGUAGCAGCAAUUCCCAAUGUACACCACCUAGUUUACGCAGUGUAUAUAACCCAAUUGAAAAAUUGUAUAACACCCAGUUUAUACAUUGUACACCACAGAGUGUACACAAUGUACACCACACAAUGUACAUCACACAGUGUACACAAUGUACACCACACAGUGUACACCACAGGCUAUACUAAAGGCUGAGUCACAUUUAUUUAUAAACACUCAAGUAAUGAGUAAACAUGAGGGGAUCGUGAGUUAGGUUAGGUUAGGUUAAUUGUAUAUUUUACCUGUAAAAUAUAAACAAAAUCAUUGAAAUUGGUCAUGCUCUUUACGAAAUAUGGCAAACUAAAGUGUUUAUGCAUAAUAUUGACUACACAGUUUAUAUUACAGUAUGUAAAAUGUUAUGAUAUAAAUUAAACUUGUAUGGAUAAACAAAGAAACUUUAUUAGAAAUAUUACAAUGACAUAUGUAUCGCGUUCACAAUUUUAUUCACUGGUUUUGGUGAGCCAGUUCGGUCAAAUGACCGAUUAGGCUAUCCAGUGAUAGUCUGACUUCGGGGUCGACUUUGGCGGCUCUCAGAUGCAAAUCGCGGAGGCGAGUUUUAAUGGAAUCAUUAAAGCUCGUGAACUCUGCAUAAAUCGUAUGAAUUAUGUGUCCGAAUGAAUAAACGUCGGAGGCGCGUGUGAUGACAUCACCCCUCUUCACUUCUGGGGCAACCCAGUAGAUGCGCGCACUGUCCAUUACACUGUAUACCUCGUCUAAAGGCAUACCGAAUACGCUGCAUUCACCAUAGUCGAUAAUAUGUAGGUCGGCCUCACCACCUGGCAGCAAGGUGACGGUGACGUUGUCUACUUUCAAAUCGUUGUGUGACAAAUUUUUCUGGUGAAUUUCUGAUAAUCUUUCACCAAGUUUUACCAGGGAGAAGAGAACCUCAUUGGGUGAGGAACGUGAUAAGUAUUCUUCGUAUGGCAUCCCUACAUAUGACUGGAUAAUGAUAAAGGGAUCGAUACAAACGCUAUGCAAAACAGGGGCACCACCAGCUCCGUUCAGUUUUCUGAGCAUCUGGAUCUCUUCGAACAAAAAUUCAAGAUCGGAGUCGCAGAGGACUUUCAUAGCCCUCAGCUCACCCUCAUACUGGAUGAGCGAUACAGUGCCGUUCGUUCCCUCUCCAAUUUGUUUUAGGACUUUUAUAUUUUUCACCUCAUCACUACUAAGUUCAUUUACGUAUGGUGGUAGGCAGGAACUUUGUCGAACUUCAUGACUUUCGACUUAAGAGGCUGUUUGGAGACUUUUAACCCACUCGCGAGCUUCUUGACGUUCGACUAGAGCGGCUGUUUGGCGGGUUUCUACGAUACGUCUCACGCGGGAAUUUACCGUUGAUGUAUUGAGAUUAUUUUUCCCUACCAUUUUUGGACCAGGGUGGCGUUUGUUCCAUCGUCGAGCUCCUUGACGCUCGACCACAGCGGCAGCUUGACGGGUUUCUACGAUACGUUUCACACGGGAAUUCAUAUUGU